CCGUGGUGACUUAACGUGGGCGCGUCUUUAAGGAGACCUUGAGAAGAGCUAAGGUCGGGAAUCCAAAGUACGUUUCCCCGUGGCCGUUGAGUGGAUGAAGGGAGAGCAGCUGUUCUGUGGUUCUGUAAACACGGCGCAGGCAGGAGGCAGCCGCGCAGGGUGAUACCUGGGGAAUAUCAGGCUGGGCUGUGGUUCAGAUAAUUGAACUCUUGGCCGACUGCCUGCAGCCUCAUACCCUGUGGAGCCUGCUUCCUUCUCAAGGCAGCGGUUUAAUUUCAGGUGAAGAGGAGGUAUCAUCAGAGCGGGUGACCCAGAGCGACAAGGCCGCCUGUGCCCUAGUGGGGCUGGCACUUAUCCACUCUCCAUCCCUCCCCUCCCCGGCCCCUGGCCCGGGGGGUGGGAAAGAAGAGGAAUCAUACCAGCGACCACAGUCUCAUGGCCAGCAUGUACUUUGUGUGAUAGUCCUUUGGGCCAUAGCCGUGAAUGAUGUUUUUGUAUUUAAUAGUAUAGAAACUGAAAAAUAGAAUAAGUGCAGAAUUGAGGUAUAGAGUUUCUCUUGGGUUUUUACUGUAACCUGAUCUGACCAGUCACGCAGGACAACAUGACAGGAAAGGGGUGGCUGAGGGUGAGGGAAGGGCAUCGUGUUGUGGAUGUUUUUUUUUAACGUAGCAGCUUUCUCAGCACCAUCAAAGAAAUAAUCCUAAUUCUAACUUUGUUUUUUUUUUCUUCUUUUAGUGUAAAAUCGAUUGUAGAAAAUAGAGUAAAAAGAAGAAAAUUAAACUCUUACCUGUAAUUCUCCCUUCUGGAGAUAACCACUAUGAACAUUUCGAUAUAAAUCCUGCCAGACUUUUCCAAAUCAAGUGUCAGAAAACCUCGUGCAGCGAGACGGUGACUUCCUGGUUCGUGAUUCUCUGUCCAGCCCCGGAAACUUUGUCCUGACCUGCCAGUGGAAGAACCUUCCUCAGCACUUCAAGAUCCGCCGGACGGUCCUGCGGCUCAGUGAGGCCUACAGCCGAGUGCAGUACCAGUUUGAGAUGGAGAGCUUCGACUCCAUCCCCGGCCUGGUGCGCUGCUAUGUGGGCAACCGGCGGCCCAUCUCCCAGCAGAGCGGAGCCAUCAUCUUCCAGCCCAUCAACAGGACGGUGCCCCUGCGGUGCCUGGAGGAGCAGUACGGCACCUCCCCCGGCCAGGCCCAGGAGGGCAGCCUCGUCGAGGGAAGGCCAGACGUGGCCAAGAGGCUGAGCCUCACCAUGGGCAGCCCCCAGGCCCGAGAGCAGAGCUUGCCCAGGGGCAACCUCCUCAGAAAUAGAGAGAAGAGUGGUAGCCAGCCAGCCUGCCUGGAUCACAUGCAGGACAGAAGAGCCUUGUCCCUCAAAGCCCACCAGUCGGAAAGUUACCUGCCAAUUGGUGGUAAGCUGCCCCCUCAGUCCCCAGGUGUGGGCACAAGACCCUGCCCAAACUCACCGGUUUUUAGGACAGGCAGCGAGCCCACCCUGAGCCCAGCAGUGGUUCGGAGGGUCUCCUCGGACGCUAGGGCAGGGGGGGCGCUGAGGGGCUCAGACAGCCAGCUAUGCCCCAAACCGCCCCCCAAGCCCUGCAAAGCGCCCAUGCUCAAGGCUCCCCGGUCUCCGUCCACCUGGCUCAACUCAGAGGCCAACUACUGCGAACUGAACCCAGCCUUGGCUGCAGGCUGCGAUGGGGCAGCACGGCCGCCCUUCUGUGCCCAGGACAGCUACGUGGACCUGCUGACCGCCAAGCAGAACGGCGGGCCGGCUGCCCGGAACUCUGACACCAGCUACUUGAUCCUUGAUGACGAUGAUGGGGCAAAGCCUUGGGAGCCGCUGCCGACCCAGAGGGACAAGGGGCAGGAGGACGAGGGUACAUUCGUGACACCCCUCCUGGAGACUGCCUCCUCCUUCAAGCCCAACGACCUUGAGUCGAAGCUCCUUCCUCCUGAGAACAAGCCCCUGGAAACCGCGAUGCUGAAGCGUGCGAAAGAACUGUUCACCAACAACGACCCCAAGGUCAUCGCCCAGCACAUGCUGAGCAUGGACUGCAAGGUCGCGAGGAUACUUGAAGUCUCUGAAGAGAUGAGGAAGAACAUGGGCAUGAGCUCAGGGCUGGAGCUCAUCACCUUGCCUUAUGGCCACCAGCUGCGCCUGGACAUCAUCGAAAGACACAACACGAUGGCCAUCGGCAUUGCGGUGGACAUUCUGGGCUGCACGGGCACUUUGGAGGACAGAGCAGCCACCCUCAAUAGGAUCAUCCAGGUGGCAGUGGAGCUGAAGGACUCCAUGGGGGACCUCUAUUCUUUCUCGGCCAUCAUGAAGGCCUUGGAAAUGCCGCAGAUCACAAGGUUAGAAAAAACGUGGACUGCCCUGCGGCACCAGUACACACAAACCGCCAUCCUCUAUGAGAAACAGCUGAAGCCUUUUAGCAAAAUCCUGCACGAAGGCAGAGAGUCUACGUGUGUUCCCCCAAACAAUAUAUCAGUCCCACUGCUGAUGCCUCUUGUGACCUUAAUGGAGCGCGAGGCUGUCACUUUUGAAGGAACUGACAUGUGGGAAAAAAACGACGAAAGCUGUGAGAUUAUGCUGAACCAUUUGGCAACAGCCCGACUCAUGGCAGAAGCUGCAGACAGCUACCGGAUGAAUGCUGAGAGGAUCCUGGCAGGUUUUCAACCAGAUGAAGAAAUGAGUGAACUCUUCAAGACUGAAUUCCAAAUGAGAUUGCUAUGGGGCAGCAAAGGUGCACAAGUCAAUCAGACAGAGAGAUACGAGAAAUUCAACCAGAUUUUAACUGCCCUCUCACGUAAAUUGGAACCUCCUCCUAUAAAGCAGGCAGAGCUUUGAUAACUAACUCUCCAGAGAACCUUAGGAUAUAAUUUCAAGCUUAUCCAGUUUCUUCUUUGAGAAAGCUUAUCAUUUGAUGAUAAAGUAAAGUAAUAAUGUGCAAAUCUGACAAUAUACAAGCUUUUACUAUCCACAGGAUAUUAAACAUGUAAAUUGCACAGAGCACACUUAUUUAUGAAUUGUUUAAAAUUACUACUGAUUUUAAAAUGAACGAUAAUUUAUUAAGGUAACUAUUGCUGAUGCUGAUCAACAAAUUUAAGUGAAGACCCAGCUACAUUGGCUGGUUGCUUUCUAUUACCGAGGUAUUUGACCAUUUUAGUUUUAAUAAUUCCAUGUCAGAUAAGUGUAAAUAGAAGAGUUUAAAAGCAUGAAACAUUUCAGAAGGUAUCAGUUGUAUGAUAUUCUUUAACUAAAUAUGAAAAAUGUAAAUAGUCAUAUGAAAAUAUAUCUUUUUGUGAAA